AUGAACGCCAAUGACCCUAAUUUCACAUCUUUUUAUGUUUCUAAUCUCCCUAGUGAUGCCAAUAGGAAGUGUUGUCGGGGAUCUAUUCUAAGCUGGGUUCUCUGGCCGACAUCUACAUCGUCGGAAGGAGGGAUGUUUCGGGCUCUUUCUUUGCUUUCAUUCGGUUCACAAACAUCGUGGAUUUUGAGUCGAUUGAAAGAGGUUUCUAGGCCAAAGGAGAUCCAUGUCGCUGCUAUACCGGUUAAUUUAGCACCACGUGAUUCCAGAUCUUUUUCAGACGUUCUGAAAGGGAAGGUUGGAAUGACUGCGACUUAUCCCCCUCUAGCUCCGGUGAUUAACCUUUCUAGUAUCAAUGAAAUUGAGGAUUGUGCUGACAAAAGCAUUUUGGUGCGUGAAGCGAAGGAUUUUCACAUACUUUGCAACUUCCCAUCUCUGUUUGCUUUGGAAGGUUUCGAUGUGUUGGAAUGUAAGUACUUGGAAGGCAUGCAAGUUGUCGUUAAGUUCAAGUCUUGCAGGGCAGCAGAGAUUUUUAAGGCGAAUCAAAACAUUUGGCAGAAGUGGUUCUUGAGGAUGGAGGUUAUAGGGAUGAAGGCCAUCAGAUAUAAGAGUGUCAUGUGGAUUAAGAUCACUGGAGUCCCAAUUCUUGCGUGGGAUGAGUCCAAUUUUUCUUCCAUUGCUGGUUUUUUUGGAAAAUUUCUAGUGAAUACUUGCUCCUAA